UUUAGUGGGGUCGGCCUGGGUCGCCGUGGCGGGCGCCGGGGCCACUUGCGGCUGAACUUCGUUGGCGGAGGUGCGUCGUUGUCUCUGCAGUGACUCAGGAGCAUCGCUGUUUUUCCGUGUGUGAGAGUAACCCAGAGCAUUGAGAAGUUGCCAAGAAGAGUGUGCUGGGAAUGCUCCAGAAACAGAUCGGGUGCUGAAGAAAGUGCGCAUCAUGGAUCAGAACAGCAGCCUGCCACCGUAUGCCCAGGGCUUGGCCUCCCCCCAGGGUGCCAUGACGCCUGGGAUCCCCAUUUUUAGUCCCAUGAUGCCUUAUGGCACGGGCCUGACGCCCCAGCCUAUUCAGAACACCAACAGCCUGUCUAUUUUGGAAGAACAGCAGAGACAGCAGCAGCAGCAGCAACAGCAACAACAACAACAACAACAGCAGCAGCAGCAGCAGCAGCAACAACAGGUGGUGGCCGCAGCAGCGCAGCAGUCAGCACCCCAGCAGCCAGCACAGGGGGCCUCCGGCCAGACCCCACAGCUGUUCCACUCACAGACUCUUACCACCGCACCCUUGCCGGGCACCACGCCCCUGUAUCCCUCCCCGAUGACCCCCAUGACUCCCAUCACUCCUGCCACACCAGCCUCGGAGAGCUCUGGGAUUGUGCCGCAGCUGCAAAAUAUAGUAUCCACAGUAAAUCUUGGUUGUAAACUUGACCUGAAGACCAUUGCACUUCGUGCCCGAAAUGCUGAAUAUAACCCCAAGCGGUUUGCAGCCGUAAUCAUGAGGAUACGGGAGCCGCGGACCACAGCACUCAUCUUCAGCUCUGGGAAAAUGGUGUGCACAGGAGCCAAGAGUGAAGAACAGUCCAGACUAGCAGCAAGAAAGUAUGCCAGAGUUGUGCAGAAGUUGGGUUUCCCCGCGAAGUUCUUAGAUUUCAAGAUCCAGAACAUGGUGGGGAGCUGUGAUGUGAAGUUCCCCAUAAGGCUGGAAGGCCUCGUGCUCACUCACCAGCAGUUCAGCAGUUAUGAGCCAGAGCUAUUUCCUGGAUUAAUCUACAGAAUGAUCAAACCCAGAAUCGUGCUCCUUAUCUUUGUUUCUGGGAAGGUUGUGUUAACAGGUGCUAAAGUCAGAGCAGAAAUUUAUGAAGCGUUUGAGAACAUCUACCCCAUUCUGAAGGGAUUCAGGAAGACUACGUAGUGGCUGCCACCACCAUACUUGCCCCACCCACUUGCUUUUCAGCGAAUCAGCUUGGUACUGUUCCUGGGCUCUUUCAGGUGCAGCCUGCUACACCAGGCCGAUCUUUUGUGGCCCUCUGCAGGAUGUGGGAGGAGCUGCUGCUGCUCUGGGACUCCCGCAGCACUGCUGAGAGUUGCACGCCUGUGCUGCUAUGUGGGCGACGCUGCCCAUUUAUUUAUAUUUAGAUUUCAAACACUGCUGUUGGCAAGUUGGUUGGUGUAAGGGACAGAAGUGUUAAAGCCACCUGUACAAUUGGACUUCUUAUUUGUUUAAUUCCCCUGCCCCCAUAAACCAUAGUUUUUAUAUUUCUACCAGAAAAGUAAAAAAUCUUUUUUAAAAGUGUUGUUUUUCUAAUUUGUAACUUUAGGGGUUAUUUUUUGUGCCAGACACAUUCCGCCUUUCCAGUAUUGCAGGACAGAACAGAUGUAUUAAUGAAAACAAAUGGCUGUACAUAUUUUUCUUUCUU